CGCCGUCCGAGAGGAACCGCUCCCUCACCGGAGCACCACCGACCUGCGGGCAUGGCCGAGGAGGCGAAGCACCUGGAGACGGGCCGGGCCGACCGCUCCGUGUGGCUCAUGAAGUGCCCGACCAUCGUCUCGCAAGCCUGGCAGGAGGCCGCCGCCACCGCCUCCGCCACCGGAGGGCCCAACCCUAACCCUAACCCCGUCGUCGCCAAGGUCAUCCUCUCCUUCGACCCGCUCAGCCCCGACGAGGAGCCGAAGCAGUUCAAGAUGGAGAUGGCUCAAACCGACAGUGGCAAUAUACCUAAGAACUACUCUCUGAAUAUGUUCCAGGAUUUUGUGCCAAUGUGUGUUUUCUCAGAGUCUAAGCAAGGGAAGCAUGCAUGCGAAGGAAAAGUGGGGCACAAAUUUGACAUGGAACCUCACAAAGAAAAUCUUUCAGACUAUGCAAAAUUAUGCCGUGAAAGGACUACAAAGUCUAUGAUCAAAACAAGAAAAGUGCAAGUACUUGACAAGGGCCAUGGAAUGGGCGUGCGUACAUUGCUUCCCCUUGUUGGUGGGGCUCAGUCUGGUGCAAAGGAAAAGAAGAAGGCAGCAGCAACGAAACCUUCUGAACAGAAAAGAACUCGCAGGGAUCGCAAGGAUUUGGAAAAUAUCCUGUUCAAGUUAUUUGAGAGGCAGCCAAAUUGGUCACUUAAGCAUCUAAUGCAGGAAACAGACCAACCAGAGCAAUUCCUGAAAGAGAUAAUGAACGAUCUCUGCGUCUACAACAAACGAGGACCAAAUCAAGGGACGCAUGAGCUCAAGCCUGAAUACAAGAAGUCUGUUGAGGACACUAGUGCACCUUGAAGUCCAUACCAUCUUUUUAGGCUAUGCUAUACCGAAGCUAGAAUUAGAACAGGAACUAGUAUUUCUCUGAUGAGUUGAAUAUGGUUAUGUCUCAUCGGCAAAUGACGACUCCAACCUGCUGCGUGGUUGUUCUUGACAAAAGUAGCUUUUGAG